CUCUAUGGCGUUAACUCUUGCAGCUCUCUCGUAGCCGUGAUUAGAAAAACACGCCCAGAGAGCCUGGGAGGAAGAGAGGCAAGGGAAGGAGAACGGCUCAGAAACUUUCUUGCAAUGCGAUUGUUCGUUUCUUUGGACAAUUAGAUUGCAGCUUUAAAAAGGAGAAAACAGGGCGGAAGUCAGGUUCCUUUGCUAUGUUCCCAACAGCAAGGCUUAGCUAACAUUGUUUCGGAAUUUGUUUUGUGCUUGCAGUUCUCAUGGUGUGCCUUAUCCGUCAAUCGCUCCAGCUUUAUUGGCAUGAGCAUUGGCCACCAAUAUUUUUGUGUUAAAAUAGUUAUCGAUCUGGUAGUGAUUUGAGAGGUUUUGGGGGGUUGGGGGGACACUCACAAAAGUUGCAAAUAAGGUGGUGUGUAUGAGCGAGGGAAAGAGGGCUUCCCCCACCUUUUAGAAAGAAAUCAACCUUGUGUAGGUGUUUUGUGUGCUUCUGGGCAUCAUGGAGAACCUAGAGGCAAUCAUCCUGGUGAUCCUGGCCACCCACAACCUGGUCCGCCUGCACUUGCACCGCAGCGGCGUUGCUGCCCGGGCCCGGAGAACCAUGCACCGGGUCAUGGCAAACCACAUCUCCCUGCUGCACCAGCUCCUUCCAGAUAUGUGUCCCGACAAUGAGACCAGGCUGAUGGUGGAAGAGCUGAACGCCGGCCCGCAUCGCUUCUGGUCCCGUCAGAUCAGCCAGGACUGGUGGGAACGGGUGGUGCUGGAGACCUGGGACCCCAACCAGUGGCUCCAGAACUUCCGCAUGACCAAAGACACCUUCUUGGAACUCUGCGAGAAGCUGCGGCCGGAGCUGCAGCGCCAGACCACCACCAUGAGGGCCCCGCUCAGCGUGGAGAAGCGGGUGGGCAUUGCCCUCUGGAAACUGGCCACCACCGAGUGCUACCGGUCUGUGGCCAACCACUUUGGGGUUGGGCGGUCCACCGUCGGGGAGGUCUUCAUCGAGGUGUGCCUGGCCAUCGAGAAGCUGCUUUUCAAGAAGGUGGUGUCUCUUGAAGACCCAAAAGAGGUUAUGGAGGGCUUUGCAGAAAUGGGGUUUCCCAACUGUGUGGGCGUCGUGGACACAACCCACAUCCCCCUCAUCUGCACAUUUCGAAAGGGCACCAGCGUCAGCCAGAAAGGGUUUUUCCCCAUGUCGAUGCAAGGGACUGUGGACCACAGGGGCCGUUUCAUUGACAUUGAACUCAGCUGGUGUGGCAAAGAUAAGGACGCCUCCUUCUUCCAAACCUUGGGUCUCUGUGAGGCAAUGGACCAAGGAUCGUUCGUCCCCGGGAACCCUACGAUGACCCUCAGUGAUGUGGAGAUUCCCCCGCUGAUCUUGGGUGAUGAGUCCUACCCUCUGAAGAAGUGGCUCAUGACACCCUUCACUGGCAACCUCGACCCACGUAAGGAACGAUUCAACUCCCACCUGAGCGACUGCAGGAAGAUGGCCGGACACGCUUUCGGGCUGCUGAAAGGGCGGUGGCGAUGCCUGGCUACCCGAUUGGAGGUCGCGGAGGAGAACGUCAUCCCCGUUGUGGUGGGCUCUGUUGUGCUUCACAACAUAUGUGAGAGUCGUGGGCAUGCCUUGCUCGAUGGGCCGUGGGUCCAGGACGGAGCGUGGGACCAAACUCCAGAGGGACACUUGAAAUUCCCUACAUCCACAGAGGACACAAGGAAUGGGAACCAAGUGCGGGAGGUCCUGGCCAGCUACUUCAUGAGCAAUUUCUGAUUUUGAUAGGCCUUGAUUGAAGCAAGGCCAUUGUUUUAAAUUUGUACUUCGGGUGAAUUCAGACCCACUAUUUACUCUUGUAAGGAAAGAGAAGACAGAGGAAGGUUGCGAGCUAUGGUAUGAAGCUAAUUUUACCAUUCUGAAACUCAUUAUAUCUAAAUGUGUCAUCUUUUUAUUUUGCCAUUCUGGGUGGCUUGUGAUCCUCCCCUGAUUUCUUUGUGGUUGUCAUGGUGAUUCAUACCUCAGGGCCUAGCUUCCAGGCAAGGGGCUUUUAAAGGGGCAGGAUACAGCCUGGCUAGUUCCCCCUACCCCCAGUUGUCAACUCUAGCACUCAUUGGAUUCCUCUGUCUUUACAAAAGAGUGGCUGUUUGACAGAAGCUAAAGACAGGCGUUGAGGAGGAAAGCGCUUGCCAACCAGAUAUUUCCUAAUUUUAAAAAAUAAACCAUUUGGAAACCA